AUUACUAACAAGUUUCUGGUGAGUGUCGGCUAGGCGUCGAUUGAGAAAGUCAUAUCUAAGUCUAACUAAUAAAAAGCGAGGAGCGUGGAUAACCCAAUUAAACAUCUCUCUAUUCACAUGACCAAGUUUCUUUAGUAGAAAGAAGCAGAAUAGUCAAAAGUCAUCGGAAUGUUACAACUAUGGGAAACGAACUUGUCAACACAGAAAUUAAAACCCGCGGAAAUUCAAGCGUUUCUUCUGGUUUUUUAAAGAAUAUUAACAAGUCCAACAUUUAUGCUCCCCCAUCCUCUCUCUCUCUCUUGUUAUAAAAAGUAGUAUUCCACAUUCCUAAAGCCAAAAGUUUCAAGAAAAGAAAGACAGAAACUCGCAUCCCUCUUUUCCUAGUAUAAUCUAUGAAGAGCAACAAACGUGAAGAGUAUCAUCAAAGGGUGUUUAGUUGCUUUGACAAGACCCAACAGGGGAAGGUUUCUGUUUCCGCCAUCGAGAGAUGUGUGGAUGCUAUUAAGUCCGGGGAAAAGGCCGUACCAGAAGAAGACACGACCGAUUCACCACACACUGAUAAAUCCUUGGAACUCGAGGAAUUCGUGAAGCUGGUGGAACAAGGAGCAGAGGAAGACAAGGAGAGGGACUUGAAGCAGGCUUUCAACAUGAUGUUUGAAGAGAGUCUACAAGGCAUUACUCCUAAAAGUUUGAAGAGGAUGCUAAGUUUGUUGGGUGAGUCUAAAAGCCUUGAAGAAUGCGAGGUUAUGGUCUCGCAAUUUGAUAUUAAUAGGGAUGGAAUUAUUAGUUUCGAUGAGUUUAGGGUCAUGAUGCAAUAAUAAUAAUAUAUAUAUAACUUAGCAUUCAUCUCCU